AAUGAAAGUGCGCGUAAAGGUAGAAAGGUCCAUAGGCCAUCACGGCUUUCCGUAGGUGGCUAUGUGAGAGGUAUAGCCACAUUAGGCUAUCCAGGUAUCACCUAGAAAAGGUCGAUGCAAGGUAACAUAUAUCUACACGCGGUAGCCGACACGAUCAAUCUCUUAACGCAACUCAUAAUCUAAGCCAUUCCACAGGGUAUCACCUUUGACUAUGGAUCUCCAACUAGGCUCUGACAGUAAUUCUACAGAAAAUGACAAUUCAUACUCAAAACCUCGAAUUGCCGAACAAGAAACCGAACCAGAUCUCCAAAAUAACGGUGUUCUAUGUGCGAAGUGCGCUUCAUUGGAUAUCGCCGCAUUCGUUGCAGCGACAAAAGCGACUGAAAUACACACUCCGAUACGUGUAUGCCAUAUAAGAAACGAGCACCUACAACCCAACAAGAUAUCCUGCCCACUCUGCCACAUAAUCAUCUGGAUGCUUGAAACAGUUCCCGUUUUAAUACCAUCAAAUGACUUGGAGUUGGUUAUGUAUCUUGGUUAUCGAUCAACAACCCCCCUUGAUCCAUUUAUCCCAUUCCGGACUAAUUAUGUGCUCUUGAAACUCGAUUCGAAGGAGUAUAGCACAUACCGAAUUCUCAACAAUAAAACUGGGCGGAUUGCAGAGAUCAUGAGCACCAACUCGUUGGAUUUCAAUCUCAAAAUUGGUCGUAUACAAAAAGGUGGAAUAAAAGUAUCCGGAGUUCAUGGGUAUAUUGAUUAUAGGUUGAUUGAGGAUCGUAUCUCAACCUGUACCGGCUUACCUACUCACUCCGAAAUCUGCAGGCCCCCGAGACGCAAGCUAAAUUGGCCGAGUAAGCUGAUCGAUUGUCAGGCAUUGACAGUCGUGGAAGCCCAACCAUCGUACAACUAUGUCGCACUUAGCUAUGUUUGGGGCCAGCAGGAGCACGAUCCAUCUAAGGGUCUUUACGACUCCCCGGCCACUAUUCGAGACGCAAUUGAAGUUACGAAGAGACUUAGGCAACGAUAUCUAUGGGUAGACAGAUACUGUAUCGACCAAAGUCGCUCGGCUGAGAAGCACGCCGAGAUCGAGCAGAUGGGUCUUAUCUACAAUCGAGCUGCUCUUACAAUCAUAGCAGUCGCUGGGCUGGACCCUAACUACGGUUUGCCGGGAGUUUCCAAGAUCAGGAAGAAUGCCAUACCAAGGAGAGCCACUUCGGAAUGGACAAUUGUUGGUAUUCCCGACAGCUUUCGUCGAAUAAUUACCCAAAGUACCUGGGCGACUAGGGGCUGGACCUAUCAGGAAGUAUUACUAUCCAGACGUCGUCUAUAUUUUACGGACCAAGAAGCGUAUUUCGAAUGUCGGAAUUAUAAUGUUGGAGAAUCAUGGUUCGAUUAUGAGAAUAUGGGCUUAAAUGAUGCCUUGUUCACUCUGAACCCUGUUCAAGAUCACCCAUAUGAGAUUUUUGAAUACAUAUCAGAUUACUCGCGGAGGAAACUAACCUAUAGCCAUGAUUAUCUCAACGGAUUCUUAGGCAUCCUUGGGUGCUUGGCCGAGGAAAAGUAUCCCGUGCUCCACCUGUACGGAGUGCCAAUUCCUCCUGCGGAAUACAGUACACAGAAAUAUACACUUGUCCUGGGGAGUUUAACUGAUCGACUGAUGAAUGGAAUGGCCUGGAAAGUGACAAAAGGGAAGCGACGCCAAAAUACCGACUUCCCUAGUUGGUCUUGGGUUGGUUGGUCAGGUCCUGUUGACUGGGCUUCUGGAGAUGUUCUUUUGCUGCUAGCUUCGAGCAAAAAUGAAGUUUGGGUCGAAGAUGAGACAAAAACGCUUUUGCCAUUAGAAAGUUUAGGCAAACGACAAGGCCUUUCGGCUAGAGACUACAACUUCGCACGGGUUAUUCACAUCAAAGCCGAGGUUUUCGAAGUCAUCCUCAAUAGUCCUCGUUCCUUUGGUGCUAAUAUACGAACUUCUCCAACCGACCGUAACGUUACCUGGAGAAGUCGGGAUGGUGAAGACGUGGAUGCAUGCGCUGAGAUAUUUCAAGACGAUGAUAUAUCUGAAGACAUCAUUACCGAUCCAGCUCAAGGAAUCUUACACGAAGCCGAAAAGCUCAAGGCUCUUGUACUCGGCUUAUAUGAAGACGAUAACAAUAUUUGUGCUUGGGUGUGUAAGCUAUUGAGAAGCAAUCCUGAUGGGUACGAAGUGGUUGGGCAGAUGGAAUUUCAACUCCCCAGUUCUCAUAUUCGCUCAGCUAAGGAAUCAGAAGAAAAACCAACUAAAUCAUCACUGCCGAAUAUGGUUCUAGAAAGAAUUCGUUUAGUUUGAAUACCUUAGGUAAGUAUAUCAUAUUCUUUCUUUUCUCUUGUGGUGAUUACCUUGGGUUAGUUUAGGUUAUCAGCCUCACCUUGAUGCGAAAUGAGUCACUCACACAAUAUUUUUAAGGGCAUAUCCUAAUUUAUAUCAACGAAGUUCAAUGCCUACGCAACUUACGGCAUUAUUUAGUAACAAUAUAAUCUCGUUCAUUUCUUCAAGUUGUACUAGAAUAAUUCGGAUUGUACAGAAAGUAUUUGCUUUGAUACUAAAGAAAGAAGAGAGCUCCUAGUUUCUUGCUAGGAUUGGCUUUUUGUCUUCUCGAUAUACUGCCUCGUUUAAGAGGCUAUUUGCUAGGGCACCUAGUAUGAACUAUCAAGUGCCUCCUAUUCUCACUCUUGAGUCUGAUUCAGGGGCUAAUCGUAUCUCAUGUGAGUCGUGACCGCUAUGGCCUG